AUGCAAAUGGCUGGAGGUGAUCAAGAUAUGGCAAUUCACUCUCUUGGAUCUAAACUUUCUGUAGUUUCAGAACAUGAACCUGAAAAAUGUGGCAGUAAUGCCACCAAUAAUCACCAACAAAGACCUUGCUUUGACCCUUCUCUUGUUUCUCCCAAGGCCGUCCCGCCUAUCUCGGUGGCGGUGGAGAGUGAUCAAGCUCUCCGUCGACCUCGGGGGCGGCCAGCUGGGUCCAAAAACAAGCCAAAACCACCCAUUAUUGUUACCCGAGAUAGCGCCAAUGCGCUUCGAGCUCAUGCCAUUGAGGUUAGUUCUGGGUGUGAUGUCAAUGAGAGCCUCUCCAACUUCGCUCGGAGGAAGCAGCGUGGCGUUUGCAUUCUUAGCGGUAGCGGAUGUGUCACUAAUGUCACGCUCCGCCAAGCUGCCUCCUCCGGUGCUAUUGUCACUCUCCAUGGCCGUUUUGAGAUUCUUUCGAUGCUGGGAUCGAUCUUGCCACCACCAGCACCGUCGGGAAUCACUGGCCUGACGAUUUACUUGGCCGGCGCACAAGGGCAAGUGGUCGGCGGCGUUGUAGUGGGGGCGCUCAUUGCUUCUGGUCCAGUCGUGAUCAUGGCGGCGACGUUUAUGAAUGCGACAUUCGACCGCCUGCCAUCGGACGACGAAGAAGUGGCGGCCGCCAUGCAGAGUCAACAUUAUGGGCAAAAUGGGCGGAGCCACCACCACCUGGAUGUUUCGGAUCUGUAUGGAGUACCACAGAAUUUGAUCACCAAUAGCAGUCUUCCGCCGGAACUAUACUCGUGGGCGGCGGCUGGCAGAACCAUGUCAAAGACUUGA